AUGGAUCUCGUCCUGCACUACUGCGACGAGUACGCCUUCGACUCUGUGUACGCGUAUCUCUUCCCGGCCCCGGGAAGCACGUAUGCCAGCGGCAGCAGCGCUGCGGGCAAGCUUGCCUCGAAUGCGACGCUCGCGGCGGCCGCGGAGGCCGUCAAGCCCAUGUCGCGGCUAGCGCGCGACAGCGUUGCGCGACAGUGCAUGUCGCUGCUGUUCGUGGCCUGGGCUGCGGCGACGGUCAUGUACUUCCUCUUCUGCUCGAUCAGCUACUACUUCUUCUACGACCGGCGGCUGGAGCACCACCCGCGGUUCCUGAAGAACCAGAUCCGGCAGGAGAUCAUCUCCUCGCUCGUGGCGGCGCCGACGAUCGACGUGCUCACGCUCCCGUGGUUCCUCGGCGAGGUUAGGGGAUACUCGAUGCUGUACGACAACGUCUCGGACCGCGGAUGGCUCUACUUUGCUUUCUCGGCCUACAUCCACAAGCCGCACCACAAGUGGAUCGUGCCGACGCCGUUUGCCGCGCUCGCCUUCCACCCCCUCGACGGGUACGCGCAGUCGCUGCCGUACCACAUCUUCGUCUACCUGUUCCCGAUGCACCGCCUGCUCUACCUGGGCAUGUUCGGGUUCGUGCAGCUGUGGACGAUCCUGAUCCACGACGGCGACAUGAUCCACGACCACUUCCUCGAGAAGUUCAUCAACUCGCCCGCCCACCACACCCUCCACCACAUCUACUUCACGUGCAACUACGGACAGUACUUUACCUGGGCCGACAAGACGUUUGACAGCCACCGCGACCCCGUCGCCGAGCUUGACCCCCUCAUCGACUCCAUCAAGGAGAUGCACCGCAAGGGCCUCUGCGACAAGGACGGAAACCCGAUCAAGAAGGAGUCGAAGAAGAACCACCACGGGAAGUGUGGAAUGAUCGCCGCGCAGAUCGAAGCCAAAAGUGGAGGUCCUCCACAUCCACAUUCUCGAAUCGUCAAAACAAAUUUCUCCUCUGUUGACACCCAUCCGCCAUCUCCAUUACGCUAUCGCGCAACCAUGAGCGAAGACAAGCUAGGCAAACAGAACAAGGUCGAGAAGCUCGACGUCGAGAGUGAUCAGGACCGGGAGGCGCGACUUGGUGAGCUUCGAGAAACUAACACCCCAGUCCUGGCCCGCGCGCGCGCUUUCCUUCCGCAACUCGCCGCGUCGAACGACGCCCUCCUCGCUCGCGCGCGUGAGGACCCGUCAUCCGUGUCGAUUGAGAAUCCGACGGGCUCCCACGUCGCGAUGGACUUGGGCGUGGGCGUGUUUGACGUGAAGGGGGAUGCUCCUUCGGGCGUUCCCGUGGUGGAGGGGGAGGAGUGGACGAAGGGGGAGAGCGAGAGCGAUGUGAGUAGCGAGAGUAGUGAUUCGAGCGAUGAGGAAGAGGAGGACGUUCAGAUCAAGGAGGCCAGUACGACACGGAAAGAGAAGAAGUAG